AUGCCUCCCUCUACACGUUCCAAAUCUGAAUUCAAGAUCUCAUUCGCAGAUGUUUUCAAAAGUGCAAGCACAUUGCGUGCUGAAGCUGCAGCUGCAGCCUUUAAGCGGUCCUUGCUUGAAGCACACAAUAAUGAGUCCGCAUCGGCGGCUCAGCGUCUGUUGACCUCAAAAGAGGCCGCCCCCGCGCCAGCAAACCAAAAGGUGGAGGCGAACCCCGCGGCUUCAAACCCAGAACCAGCGCCAGUACCGGCAGCACCCUCUACGACCAACCCGGCUAAAUCCAGUAUUCCCGUGUUCGAGUGGACGGCAGAGCAAGACUUCCAACUCCUGAAAUUGAAGGCCGAGAACGCGCCUUGGAGAGCCAUAUCAGCCUCCAUUGGGAAACCGGUGUAUGUACUGAAGGAUCGCUGGGGGGUAAUUCAACCAAAGACAAUGGCGCCGAUAAAGAAGCCAAAGGCCCGGGAAGAACCAAAGCCAGCCAAACCGGAAGGGAAUAAUAAGCCAAGUGGGCGCCGUGUCUCGUUCUCGGAGCCUCUAGUUACAAACAAUGACGGGGCCCGGGAUGCCGACUUGUCAAAGAAAGUGCUUUAUCUCGACGAAGCUUUCACCCUUGAAGAGGUUAUCCUCUUAAACCAAAUUGCUGCAAAGUAUGACGAGGAUAAAUGGAUCAGGGUUAGCUCGCGGUUCUUCGACAAAACCGGGAAACGCCUUCCUCCUCGGAUCCUCAAGAAGCACGUUCGGGUCGAAUAG